UAACAGAUAAGCCUCCCUCUCGCGUUGUAAUGUUUCAUCCCCAAAUGCCCCAUCCAAAACGAGACACUGAACACUGAUACUCUCUUCACUCUCAGUGCUAUCAGCAAGGAAAACCAGAGUACCCAAAGAAAAACUAAUGAUUUCACUACGACCCUAUAACACAUGUCUUGAAACAACAACGUUUCUCUUCAACCCUUCAAAGCUUGGAAUCUCUAGACAAACCCAAACAUGCAUGAUAGCACAAAGGAAAGCAACACCACGUAGAAUAGAAGUCAAAUGCAGUGGUGCAGAAAAUAAGGGUGAGAGAACGUUUUUGACACUGGAGGAAGCUGGUUUGGUUGAGAUAUCAGGCUUGAGCACACAUGAACGCUUUCUAUGCCGUUUAACGAUAUCGUCGUUGAACUUGCUAAGAGUGAUAUCGGAGCAAGAAGGGUGUCCAAUUGAGGAGCUCAAUGCUGCCAAGAUAUGUGAUUGGUUCCUCAAAGAUAAGCUCAAAAGAGAACAGAACUUAGGCUCUGCGGUUCUUCAAUGGGAUGAUAAUUCCGACUACAAAUUUUAAUUUUCUAUUUACUACUUGUUUCUUUCUUAAGUCACGAGUUUUCUAGGAUUAUGUUAAUCGAGAAAGGGGUGACACUUUUUUUCGGUAUUGGAUUCUAAAAUUCUUAUGGUAAAUGAUUCGGAUUGUUGACGCUGCUCAGGUUCCCUUUUUUUUUAGUAUUUUCUCCUCUUCAUAGUUACUGAAUUAAUUACAACUGCUGUAAUUUGAAGAAACUUUCCUGGUUUGAUGCCAUUGGGUUUCCAAAAUCUAAUAAUCCCUGUCAUGGUUUCUUAA